AUGCUUGCCAAUUUGCUCUCGAUCAUAUCUCUGCUGCUUGGCACUGCCAUCGCCCAAUGCCCCGACUACCUUGACUAUUCCAUGGUCAAGCACUAUCCAUACUCGGGAGGAGUCCGCAACCUAUCGUAUCAACGUCCUGAACCUGCUUGUCGUACUUUCAACCUUUCUGUUCUCGAAAAUCAGGUCAUAUUCGACGUCAUGCAUGCCACCCCUGAUCUUGAUUUGUUUCGUCUGUUUCUCAAUAGUGAGUACCUCCUGUCAUCAUCGAAUCUUGGUGCUUACUUAUCAUANGCCUAUCCCAAUACCCUCGAUACAGCCAUCCGCUGGAAGGGCUAUGCUGCCGAUUCUCCGGAUGAAGAGCUUACUUUUGUCGUCACUGGAGAUAUCGAUGCCAUGUGGCUGAGGGACAGCAGCAAUCAGAUGCAGUCUUACCUUCCCCUUCUGACUGCAAACUCAUCUGUCGACUCGCUAGCCUCUCUGUUCCGUGGAGUGAUCAACCUGCAAGCCCGUUAUCUCCUCACCUCUCCCUACUGCAAUGCCUUCCAGCCACCAGUCGAGAGCGGUAUCGCUCCUGCAAAGAACCCUUCAGCUAGCCAAGAUGUUGUUUUUCCUACUUAUGAAAAUGCCUCAGUCUUCGAGUGCAAGUACGAGCUGGAUUCUCUGGCGGCUUUUCUACAAAUCAGCUCGGACUACUACAACGCCACGGGAGACGUUACUUUCUUCGCUAAGCAUCACUGGAUCGAGGCUAUUAACCACGUCUUCCAAAUAUUUGAAAGCUUGCAGUCUGCUUCAACUUAUGCGCCUGAUGGUCACGUUCAAAAGUCGAACUACACCUUCACUAGAGUGAGUGACCGUGCGACCGAAACUCUGGCAAACGAUGGACUGGGCAAUCCCUAUAGUGGCGGAACCGGCUUGUUGCGCUCGGCUUUCAGACCUUCAGAUGACGCAACUAUCUAUCAAUAUCUCAUCCCUGCCAACAUGAUGCUAGCUCACUAUCUCGAAGCAACUGCUCCUAUCAUGGUCGCGCUCAACAACUCAGCUAGUGCCGUCACUUCCGAGCGGAUGACACAGCUUGCCUGUAGUAUCAGACAAGGCAUCGAAGAGCAUGGCAUCGUCACUGUCAACGGCAAGCACGUAUAUGCUUAUGAAGUUGACGGUUAUGGCUCUGCGAACAUCAUGGAUGAUGCCAAUAUCCCUUCGCUUCUGUCUGCACCAUUCCUGGGGUAUCUUGACGUCAAUGAAGAAGUCUACCAGAACACACGUUCAUUGUUGCUGAGCGGCCGCAACCCUUACUUCAUGAGGGGACCUGUCAUCAGUGCCAUUGGAGGUCCUCAUAAUGGCCCCGGAUACGCCUGGCCCAUGGCUUCAAUUGUACGUAUACUGACCAGUGACAACGACACCGAGAUCACCGAACAACUGGCCAUGAUUCUCGACAGCACUGAUGGUCUUGGUUUGAUCCAUGAAAGCAUAAAUUCGUUCAACCAGACAGACUACACCCGGCCAUGGUUUUCUUGGGCGAAUGGACUCUUCGGUCAAAUGAUCUUGGAUUUGCACGAUCGCAAGCCUCAAAUUCUUGCUCAAAGUUUUCAGUAG